UAAAAAUAGGCACAAAUCACCGACUGCAUGGACGACCUGGUCGAGGUACUGCAAAACGAUCUUGUAAAAGAAGCGGCCCGCAGUCGACAGCUCGCGCGGGCCACAUCGACCGUCGAGAAGUUGCGCCUCCAAAAGCGCUUCGAGCGUGAGCGGGACCACGUGAAAAAGCUCGUGCAAGUGCUGGCCAAAAACGUCGCUGUCCCCUUGGGGGAUCCUCGCCGCAGGAAUAUCGCAAGCACAGACGAGAACACUGCACCGCGCCACCGCUGGGGAGACCGCCAACGGUCCGCACGCGUGGCGUGCGGUGCGCGAACCGAGACAGUCCAAGACGUUGAAUUCCAUCGCUACGUGUGUCGGAAGGUUGCCGCGCAGCAGCAAUCCACGAGGUCCAACAACUUGUUGACCGAGGCAGCACUGCGUGUGCACAAGUCCCAGCCCGAAUUGCUGCAAGAAAAGCGCACCCUCUUGCACCAGCUCCACCGCGUAGUGGGGCAACAGCAGCGCAAGCUCGAGGACGACGCCAUGACCGUUCGGUCCGCAGUCUCAAGUUUCAAGUCUCUGGCUCUACAACGCCCCGUGACGCAACGCUACGUUCCGUUUAGCGACGUGGCAAGCUCAUCAUAGACUCGAAGCUGCGCAUCAGCAUACUUCAUUCAAGCUGCGCAUCAGCAUACUUCAU